GCUGCUGCUCGGGCUGCUGCUCGGGCUGCUGCUCGGGCUGCUGCUCGGGCUGCUGCUCGGGCUGCUGCUCGGGCUGCUGCGAGGGCUGCUGCGAGGGCUGCUGCGAGGGCUGCUGCUCGGGCUGCUGCUCGGGCUGCUGCGAGGGCUGCUGCUCGGGCUGCUGCUCGGGCUGCUGCUCGGGCUGCUGCUCGGGCUGCUGCUCGGGCUGCUGCUCGGGCUGCUGCUCGGGCUGCUGCGAGGCGAGCCUUGUGCCUGGAGGUCGGGCCGUGGCAGCAGCAGGAGGCUCGGGGACCAGGCUGUCGCGUCGCAGCGGCCGGCCGGGAGAGCUCUGUUGGGGUUGGCGCUGGUCUAG